AUGAGCGGGGCUGGGGCGGCGGGCGCGGUUCGGGGGCUGCGGGUGGACGGGCUGCCCCCUCUCCCCAAAAGUCUGAGCGGGCUGCUGCACUCGGCGUCGGGCGGCGGCGCGUCGGGGGGCUGGCGGCACCUGGAGCGGCUGUACGCGCAGAAGUCGCGCAUCCAGGACGAGCUGAGCCGCGGGGGCCCGGGCGGCGGCGGGGCCCGGGCCGCGGCGCUGCCCGCCAAGCCUCCCAACCUGGACGCCGCGCUGGCCCUGCUUCGCAAGGAGAUGGUUGGCCUCCGACAGCUGGACAUGUCCUUGCUCUGCCAGCUGUACAGCCUCUACGAGUCCAUUCAGGAAUAUAAGGGAGCAUGCCAGGCAGCAUCCAGCCCAGACUGCACUUAUGCUCUGGAGAAUGGCUUCUUCGAGGAGGAGGAGGAAUAUUUCCAGGAGCAGAACUCCCUCCGUGAUGGGCGAGAACGAGGCCCUCCGAGGGACCUGUCACUGCCCGUCUCCCCCCUCUCCAGCAGUGACUGGAUUCUGGAGUCCAUCUGAAGGAUCUCAGGAGGGACGCGACUGUUACUGCUGGACACACUGUCAGCAGUGCUUCUUCUCUUGCAAGAAAGCUCGUCUGUCCUCCGCUGUGGGUGGUCCUUAGGCAUGUGGAACCAGUGCUGCCAGUUUACUUUGUAGGCAGGGAGAUGUCCAUGGACACAUGGUGGCAGUCUGUUUUGAUGGCUGGAGUUUCUGCUUAGGUGAUCUAGAAGUGCUCAGCAAUGUCUUACACAUCCUGGUACUGAGGCAGUCCUGCUGAGGAUUCAUAAGGAGAAUAUAACAAGAGGAUUUCUGGGGAAGACCUUUUUGGGUAUUUCGUGCGAGACAACUUUGAGCUAGUUCCUCCUUCCAGAUGUAGAUGAUUUCAUGCCCUCUUUGAUGUAGGGUUUGCCUCCAGCUUGCGAUGUAUUACAACUAAUGUUUCUCUGCUCCCCUUCAUCAGUACAUUCUGCAGUCUUUCUUGCUGUUUCAUGAGCUUUUAAACCUCUUGGUUGAGCUUUGUUUGUUUGUAAACUGCAUUACUAACUGUCCAGGUGACUCAGUGAAAGCUUUUUACUGAAAAAGUAAACAUUUCAGGUCAGACCAAUCAACUGCAUUCUCUUAACCUGUCAAAAAAAUUGAUAUUCUUUGUCCAUCAGAUAUAGGAGGAAAGAAGAUAAUACAAAGAUAUAUUGAGUGGGGAAAAAAAAACCUGGGGCAAGCUGAUGUUUUGUAUCAUUCACUGUAAGAUGGCAAUGUUUUUGUUUUUUAAGAUUCUGAAUGUACACUAGUAUGUUAGAAAGCAAACCCCCUCCUCCACUCAAAACAGUAAUCACCUUAAGCCUUAAUAUAUUUAUUAAAAUACUUUAUGAACACGUUACACUUUGUAGGUUAAAAAUGAGGAUAAAAUGCCAAACUCUC